CACUGAUUAAAUCCGGCUGCAAGUUGAUGGUCCUGCAGUGAUUAUAAGCAACCUUAAUCUCAAGCACCACCUGUGACGACUCUCAGACUUCGCUCGAUCUUCAGCCUCGACGCAACUUCUUGGACUCGAGACCAAGGCGAGAUACGGUGUCUUCACACCUGUUCCAGCCGCGACCCCGACGCCGCUGAGCCACACCUGAAGAGUCUUCGGCGCCGACGGGAUGCUGCAUCUGCUUCUGCUUUUCCUACUGGCGCUCCGGGGGCAGCCGGGCACGGGGGCGGCAACCCAUGACGAGGAUUACGUCACGAGGCUCCGAGAGCAGUUCGAAUACUUCAAGCAGCUGAUCCUCCACGACCUGGCCACCAAGAGCGACGUCGUCGACUUCGCAGACUACGACCUCCGAGCCUCGUCCCUAGAGUGCGAGGAGCCGGCGGAGGUCACGUGCAACGACCUCGAGCGGAUUCCCGACGCGUCGUGCGGCUGCGGCGACACGGGAAAUCUUUGCGAUAUACAGCACAAGGGCGACUGUAAAUUGUCGUGGCAAAAGAGCACACAUUGUGACUUUUUCCUGAACAACACCUGCCAUGCGAACUGCAUGUGCUGUAUAAGCUGUUCAAAAAAUGUCGAAACACCUUGCAAAGGAGCCGGCGGUGUCUGCGAAAAAAGCUGUGGACAAUUUCAAUACACGAGUAGCCAUGCAUGCCACAGCAACUUGUGCAGCUGCUGCCACUCAGUUGAAGACAAAGGCUGCAGGAGUAGCAAUGGCCUGAGCCGCUGCGUCGGGGACCCCUCCCACUGCGGCAGAGGAUACUACCCAAACAACAUCCUCUGCGAGAGCCCAGGCACCUGCUGCAUUCCCUGUAUGGCUCUGGACGCCUGCACCAACGCCGACGGCUACUGCGAGAGCUACGGCCAUGACUGCCUGCCGGGAUUUUAUGAAGACGACGGCGGCUGCGAGACGCGGAACUGCCGGUGCUGCAAGCCAAAAACAAGCAAUGUAUGUUCGAGGGACGGCACUCUUGUGAUGGGGCCGGCAGACAUUUGCAGUCCAAGAUUUUGCCCACGUAACUUUUUCCAAGAAAAUGUGGGCUGUUCCGCUCCAAACAGAACUUGUUAUUCUUGUAAAGCAGGAGGCUGGAACAAGUGUGGCAUUGAAGACUCUUGCACGGCAAAAGGAGGCUUCUGUUCAAAGGUAGGUUGUGGUGCCACCGGGAUGUACCUCGAAGAACCAGGGGGAUGCACUUCCAAAGAUGACCGUCCGUGCUUCUGUUGCUAUCCAAAAUGUAAAUUCUACAACGAAGAACAUCAUUUCUAGUUAGGAUAACGAUGUCAUCAUAUCUUUUGGGAUCGUCUUUGCUUAUAUAAGUGCCUAUGGAGGUUACAGCAUAUAUAUAUAUAUAUAUAUAUAUAUAUAUAUAUAUAUAUAUAUAUAUAUAUAUAUAUAUAUAUAUAUAUAUAUAUAUAUAUAUAUACAUAUAUAUGUAUGUAUAUACAUAUAUUAUUUUUCAAAUGAAUUAUCAUCACCGUCGUUAUUGUUAUCUUCAAUAUUGUUAUUAUUAUUAUUUUUAUUAUUAUUAUUAUCAGUGUUACUAUUAUUGUUACCACUUUUAUAAUAUCAUCAUAUCUUUUGAUGUUGAUUUUAUCAAAAUUAUGAUAUUAAUAUCAUCAUAUUCAUUAUUGCUAUUUGUCAUCUAUACCUUAUUACCAUUUUAAUCAAGCUAAAGAUACCAACCGUAAUAUCAUUAUUGCCGGAAUUAGUGCAAUAACCAUGCAGAAAAGACUCACAGAGAUAAUAAAAACAAAUAAAAAAAAAUAUAUAUAAUGAUUAUCUUUCUUAUCAGUGAGGAUAUUAUUUAUCACUUUCAAUCAAAUUGUUUUAAUCAAGUGUUAUAGAAAGGGAGACUCAACACAUUAUCUUAUUGUUGGCAUAUUAUUCUAUAAUCAUUAUCCUAUUUCCUUAUUAUUAUCAUCAGUUAGAGUCACUAAUACGUCACGAUGUUUACCCAAAUAAACAUUGCUUAUCAUGAGUGAAGCUUGGAAUUUAGAAAUAAAAGAAACUAAUUGUUUGGUGUAGCA